AUGUCUGUCGCUUCGCCCACCGUUAAUAUCCAUUUUACCAAAUUCCUUAUUCUUCGUCGUUCUCUCUCGCAUCAACCUUCAUGUCGAUUACGAUAUCGCCUCGCUCCUAGUAGAGGAUUGAACCUUAGUUACUACCAGAGUUGUGUCUCUCACAGAUUUGUGUUUUUGAAUUCUAAGUGUUCCAUUACAAAUACUGAUGUACAAUUGGAAUUGGAUCAUGCUAACAUCAUUGAUGAAGAUAAAAAUGAAGGAGAGUGUUCAAUUCUCCAACCUGAAUGUCCUGUGCCAAUUAAAUUCAAUACAGACAUUCUGCUCUCUGAGGGGACAUUUUUAGAUUCUCUGUUGACAUCGUUACCGGUUUUGUCUAAGGAGGAACAACAUGCUCUUGCAUCCACUCCAGCACACCCUGCCGCGCUAUAUGCUUUCUAUUCUAGUUGCAUUGUUGCAAAUUUUGUGGAGCAGCUUUGGACUUUUGCGUGGCCUUCUGCCAUUGCCUUGAUUCAUUCAAGCCUCUUGCCAGUUGCUGUGAUGGGUUUCUUCACCAAAGUGGCUAUAAUUGUUGGUGGUCCCUUGGUUGGAAAAUUAAUGGACCAUUUGCCUAGAGUACCUGCAUAUAACUACUUAACUAUCAUUCAGGCAACCACUCAGUUGCUAUCUGCAGCUAUGAUUAUCCAUGCCCAUUCUGUUCCUCCUACUUCAGUGUCUACUUUGUUUCUGCGUCCAUGGUUUGUCAUAUUGGUUUCAGCCGGAGCUAUUGAGAAGCUAUGCGGUGUAGCUUUGGGGGUUGCAAAUGAGCGUGACUGGGUUGUGCUGCUCACAGGAGUAAAUAGGCCAGUCGCACUUGCCCAGGCAAAUGCUUUUCUAAAUCGAAUUGAUCUCUUAUCUGAGAUAGCUGGAGCAUUGCUGUUUGGAAUCCUUCUUUCCAAAUUUCAUCCAGUAACCUGUUUAAAAUUUGCUUCUGUCUUAAUGAUUGGAUUACUUCCUGUUACAAUCGUUCUAACAUGUUUAGCCAACAAGCUUUCUACUGGUGUUCUUGAUCGGCCCAAGCCAUCCCAAACUUGUGGUAGAUCAUUCAAUGAAGAUUCUGAACCAGAUGCUGAAAGUAUAGUGGUUAAAGGUCUGGAAGCCAUCAAGCUGGGCUGGAAGGAGUAUUUGGGUCAGCCAGUCCUCCCUGCUAGUAUUGCGUGGGUUCUCCUCUACUUCAAUAUUGUUCUCACACCAGGCAGUUUGAUGACAGCAUUUUUAACACAACAUGGCUUACAUCCAUCUAUCAUUGGAGGAUUUAGCGGAAUGUGUGCUUUUAUGGGUGUGGCAGCAACAUUCGUGUCUUCAACUCUGGUCAAGCAAUUUGGCAUUUUAAAGGCUGGGGCAGUUGGGUUGGUGUUUCAAGCUUUACUUCUCAGCAUGGCUGUUGCUGUAUAUAUGAGUGGAUCAAUAUCACAUCAGAGCCCUCUUUUUGUUUUCUUGUUUCUGAUCAUUUUGUCACGGCUAGGACACAUGUCAUAUGAUGUUGUAGGGGCACAAAUUAUCCAAACUGGAAUCCCAUCAUCCAAAGCAAAUCUCAUUGGGACUACAGAAGUCGCGGUUGCAAGUUUGGCAGAGUCUAUGAUGCUCGGUGUUGCAAUAAUUGCAAAUGAUCCUUCUCAUUUUGGAUGUUUGGCAAUCUUGUCUCUUCUAUCAGUGGUUAGUGCAGCAUGGAUGUUCUGUAGAUGGUUGUCGAAUCCAACAGACGAACAAAAAAGCCUUUUUUCUUAA